CCUCUCCUCACUGCAGGCGGCUGGAAUUUCAGAGCGUGACGUCACUGCCUACAACUCUCCCAGAAUUUGGAUCAAGAAGUUUCACUUUUUGGGUGGGAUUGGAACCUCUGUUAUAAUAUUCCCUAGAAAGCGAGAUUUCAACACACAGUGAAGGGCAUCACUCCAUCAGCCUUCCAGGAUUUCCGUUACAUCCAGAGAGGAGAAAAGGUGUCUGAUCCUGAAGUCCCCACCAUCACUUCAAAUUUGGAACCAUGUGGAACAAUGAUGACCAGACGGGACAGGUGGCUGCCAGGAUGGAGACUACUCUGGGCAGUGCGAGCAUCUCCAUCUCCCAGCAGCAAGCACCGAAGAAAUUUGCCCCUGUGGUCGCACCUAAGCCCAAGUUCAACCCUUACAAACAUGCAGGGGAGCACACCCACUCGGACCCUGCAGCGGACUACCCCCCCCCUCCACCACCUGCAGAAGAGUCGACCGGUUUCUCUCCCCCCUCCAGUUCCUUCCCUCCUCCACCAGUGAUGAACUCGUGCGACUAUCAGGUGAAAGGACCAGAGAAGACCCUGCAGGAGAGACGCUCCAGCCUGGACGCGGAGAUCGACUCCCUCACCAGCAUCCUGGCAGACCUGGAGAGCAGCUCGCCCUACAAGCCCCGGGUCGCUCAGAACUCUGUCCCGUCUGCACCCUCCACCCCAAACGCUCCAGUGACUGGUUACAAGCGUAUGGUCAUUCCAACCCAGCCACCUCUGACUGCCACCAAGAAAUCUACACCCAAACCUCAGGCACCAGGGGGCGGCUCGUCUACCCUCCCUUCUUCUGCCAGCCCGGUGACCAAGCCUCAAAUCCAAACAGCUCCUCAGCCGGUCCCAGCCUCCUACGCCACAGCCUCCACCCCGAGCCAGCCCACCUUCAAUGUCCAGGUGAGGUCCGCCCAGCCCGGCCCCCAGCAUCAGGCCCCGAUAGGGCAGCAUUUCGGCCAGCAACCCAUUCGCAGCCCUGCACAGGUGCAGUACAUGCCUGCCCAGCCCAAAGGCCCUGACUUUGCCUAUGGACCACCACAGCCUGGCUUCUCCCAGAUGGCCCAGGGUGCGUAUCAAGAUCAGCACCAUCCAGGAGUUCACCAAGUAGGUGGCUUAAGCUCCAGGAGAGCUGAGCCUGCCCCCGCCCAAGACCCCCGAAAGACCUACAUCACAGAUGUUCCACCAAGCCUGGCUCCCUACACUGCUGGACCAGCUGUUCCACCAAAGGGCAGCGCUCACAUGGCCCACCCUGAGGAUGAGCUGGAGCGCCUGACCAAGAAGAUGCUGUUUGACAUGGACCACCCACCGUCUGAGGAAUAUUUUGGGCGCUGUGCCAGCUGUGGGGACAACGUGGUGGGUGAGGGCACCGGCUGCACCGCCAUGGACCAGGUCUUCCAUGUCGACUGCUUCGUCUGCAUGACCUGCAGCAGCAAGCUGCGCGGCAAGCCUUUCUACGCUGUGGAGAAGAAGGCGUACUGUGAGCCUUGCUAUAUUAACACCCUUGAGACCUGCACCAUCUGCAGUAAGCCCAUCAUGGAGCGCAUCCUGCGGGCCACGGGGAAGGCGUACCACCCCCACUGCUUCACCUGCGUGGUGUGCAGCCGCAGCCUGGACGGAGUGCCCUUCACCGUGGACGCCUCCAACCACAUCCACUGCAUCGAGGACUUCCACAAGAAGUUUGCUCCGCGCUGCUGUGUGUGCUCUGAGCCCAUCAUGCCGGCGCCGGGCCAGGAGGAGACCGUCCGGAUCGUGGCCCUGGACCGAGACUUCCACGUGCAGUGUUACCGCUGCGAGCCAUCGAGUAAGGAUGAUGUAAAAAGCUGCUUUAGCAGAGAAACAUUUCCCCUUCUCUCAUCUCUGAAGCUUCUGUGGGCUCUGCCAGGUAACCAUCAGCAGACAGUCACCUCCACAGGACUGUGGCUCUCUGCUGUCAGAGGGGGACAACCAGGGCUGCUACCCUCUGGACGGACACGUCCUCUGCAAGAACUGUAACAGCAGCCGCAUCCAGGACCUGACCGCCAAGGCCACCACCGACCUCUGAACACCCCCCCUGUGAUAACACACACCGCUCGCUCUCUCACAAACGUACCCAUCCACAGAAGCCUGCAUUCCUCAGCACACACACACACUCUCAGUACAUAGCAUCACAUGUAUCCAUUGACUCGGUACAUCACAGCAGGAGAGGCUGUGAGAUGUUUAACUGUGUUAAGGAGUGGUUCGAGAUUUUGGGAAAUGGUUUUGAUCUGAUGUCACUGUGUUUUAUACCAUAUACAGCAGGCGUUCAGACAAGAAUAAAACCAUGAUACAGAUAGCCUGCUGCCAAAGAAAAAUCCUAUUCAGAUCUAGAUAUUUAUCUCUUCUGUGUUUAUGACGUAAGAACAGGUGAAAUAAAAAUGCACUUUUUAAGUUCCUUAAAAAUGUUUUUACUCACCAAAACUCUGUUCCCCUGGUGCACUGGUUCCACUCGUUAUGCUAAGCUCAGUUUAAUAUGUCCACAUGUGCUGAGCGUGCAUAUCAAAAAGCGACUUCAAUCUUCUGUUCUGACUCUCAAAAGAAAAAACGAAUAUUUCCCAAAAUCUCAAAUCUUUAAACGAAGCAGUUAACAGUAAAACAAUAUAUCUUCACUCCGUGUUAUUAUCUCGUAUCAUAAUCCUCCAGCUUGUCGUAUGUAUUUAAAUGUCCUGCCAAUGGGUUCUUUGGAUCUGAAGGGAGUCUGACUCCAACAUGUGGACGACAGGUGCAGAUAUGUGUAUGGCUGUAGCUUUAUCAGUAUUUAGGAAACCCGUUUGUUGGUCAGAGCACUUUUCUCAUUGUAGUGUUUGUCACACAGACAUACGGUACUCUAAUAGGGAACAUAUUAUCACAGGAGCUUAUUACUUCAAAACACUUGACUGAACACCAAAGAAUCUAAACUGCCGUAUUCACUGUGUACAUAUUCUGUGUGCAACUAUUUGACACAUAACGGGACCACAGUCAUCCUCAAUAGAAGUGUGAGUGUCAAAGACAAACCCUCAGUAGGCAGCUGCUGAGUGCCAUUCCCUUUUUAACAAACAUACAUCUUUUACUUUCUAAUUGAACUUGCUGUUAUGUUUUAUUUUCUGUUGGCCUGAACAGUACAAUCAUGGCAUUCCAUUCAAAUAGAAAGGGCCUAUUAUCUGAGUUGUAUGAUAUGGUUUUUGAGCAGAGAAUGAUUAGAUUACAUUAGUGAUUGUUUUGUAAGUCUGAUAGAAAUAACAGAUUAGGAAUGGCUAUGCAAUUUUUGAUGUUAAUUGCAUCGACACUUUAUAAGACAUUUUAUGAAUAAGGACAUAUUUUACCUGUACAGAUGAAAGCACAAGUGUCCUUAUAAUGAUGCUUUAAUAGAAACCAUGCCGUGGGUACUGCGUGACUUUGUGUCACUGUGCUGUGUGUCAGUGUUGUCGUACCAGUGACACUUGUCUUUUAGAUUUAGUGUGUGGAAAGGUAAUGGGCGAAGAAGGGACCAUCCAGUCGUUUGACCAGCAGAUUCACCGUUUGAUUUGAUAGUUACUUUUGUAAUUACUAGAGCAAUGUGAUGUUUGUGAGUUAAAGGAACCCUGUGGAGUUUUCACCGCUAGCUGUGGAACCAUGUGUUCAUGAUUGGGUUCUCAUUGAGCGAAGGCCUGGCCGAGUGCAGUCUCAUUUUAACAAUGAGUGACACAAUAACCGAUGAAGAACAACAUAAUGUGCAGCUCUGAGAUCCUCUGCAGGAAGUGACUGUGUAUCGCUUAGUACAGACGCAAGCGGGCAAAAAAAAGACUCAUAGUCACAACAAUAUAAAGUGUGCAAACAGUCGACUCUGCAAAUGUUUAUUUACAAAGGAAAUUCAUUCAUUUUGUUUGCAUUUGGGUGUUUACAGGAAAACUCCACAGGGUGCCUUUCAACAACACAGUCUGAGUAGCAUUAAGGUCUGCUGUUGCUCUCAGUGUUCCUCAGCCCCGAUAACAGACGUGUUGUCGUGUUCUCUGUUUAGUGCCAUUAGGAUAGCAGAUAUACCAACAUGUGUGUGUACUGUAAUCCGUUACUCUGGUUACAAAGCUUUGUGAGCCAUGUUUUACCCACGGUUACACUCUGUGCAUAACUUUGCUAAUAAGCCCAAUAAUAUAAAUAAUUCAUAAAUAAACAUUCAUCAGACCUUUGCCAGGACACAUCUUCUACAUGAGGAUGAAAACACUGUUUCCCCAUCCAAGGGUGGGCGAACUGAACUCACUGCAACUCACCAGUGCAUUGUAAUGGAUCUUAAAGGCUUGUUAUAAAUAUCAAAUCCAGCUGGGAACACCAUGUUCUGUCAUAUCUAACACCUUUUAUUUCAUAUAACUAGUUAUUAAAAUAGAUUACUAUAAUUAGUUUGGGGACAACAAUAUUCUCUAGUACAGAAAACACUUUUUUCAAGGUUUUUUGUUCAGGUACAGAGCCAUGAGGUGGGCUGUUUGGCAGCUGACUCAGUAAGCCAUAUGAUGGGGACUGGUUGUUAGGCAACAAAGGUGAAGAAGACCCUCUUUAUAACAUGAUGUCACAUUUGUUUGUUGGUUUUCAGCACUCAGGGAGGGCUCAGUUAGCAUUGACCGCGCCCCUCCUGACGGGCUGGGGUAAUCACACAGGGUUAGGUGUGUCACAAUAAAGAUGUCAGAGUGACUAAACAUUCAGGUGAACAAAAGCUGAACAAAAGCCAUGCAGUAGUGCUUAUAUACAAUUCUUAUUUAACGUUGGACCAAUCAGAAGUGUUGUUAGCAGCACAUGCUAACAACAGCCUGUGCUGUGUUAAAGUCCAGAUGAAAGAGCUGCGGCUUGGUAAAGGAUGUGACGCUGUUCUAAAGCCGCACACUCAAAUGUGUGAUGGAAAUGUAUGUCACUCAUCAGGACAAACCCACGGAGAAUUAUCACGGCAGGCAGGCUGUUAACAGCUAGCUGGGAAACUAUAGGGGGCAGCACUCUCUUGUGUUUUAGACUUUUUUGUAUUGUUAUAUAUUUUAUUAUUGGCUUAUUAGCAUGUUUGUACAAAGUGUACUCGUUCACAGAGUUAAACCUCAUGGGCCAUAAAAGCUGUUUUAAACUCUCCUGUUGCUACAGUAUAUUAUUAUGGACAGUCUGUGAACACAUCUGACUUAAAGAAGUAUAAAGACCGUACUGGUUCUUUUGGUUUAGUUUGAUGUAUUUGGGUGGUCUACUGUCUUUGUUUCUGCCCGUGUCUGUGCAGUACAGUCACCAUACUGUUGCUGUGUUGCCUCCCUCAAAGAUGGUGCCAUGACUCUUUACCGAAGUUGAAGAUGUUUCAGCCGCGGUGUGAGGCUGCAGCAGCAGAGUCUGAAUGAGAAGCUGGACCCUGUGGUGUUGGUGAAGCAUCUGUUGGGGGUCAUUGGAAGGGGCCUGUAGUCAACUGGUGUUUCUUUUUUCUUUCUUCAAUAAAACAUUUGCAGUAGC